AUGCCGAUGACGCCACGAAGGCUUGUACGGGGGCAGGCUCAACCACAGGGGCAGGGGGAGAGGCUUGAGCAGGCAAAGGAGGAGGUGCAGGAACAGAUAGCGUUGCAGGCGCAGAAGCAGACGCCACCGCUGGCGCAUGUGCGGCCACCAUGGCGGGGGCAGGAGCAGACGCCACAGCAGGCACAGGAACGGCCACCACCGCUGGCGCAGGAGCAGUCACCACAACGUGUGGAGGCGCAGGAGCAGCGGCAGGUGCGGACAACGAUGCUGCAAUUGGAGCAGGUGGGACAAGGGGCGCAGGGACCGGGUCAGCAAGAGGCGCCGAGAGAGGAACAGGCCCGGGAGCAGGAGGAGACGACAUUGCCGUAG